AUGCGGAAUCCCACCAAAUCGAUAAUACUACAUUUCAUGGACAGUCAAAGUUCAACUCUCUUUGUCUUUAGUUUCUCUUUGAGCUCUUUCGUUCACAUUUCCUUCCUAUUCUCUUUUUUCAUGGAAAAUUCUGAGUGUUUGAAAGAGAAGCAAGAGUUGAAACGUUCCUUUCCAAGCAAAAUUAGGCAGGGAACCAAAGAAAAGUUUCCUAUGGAGGAAGUGAAGCUGGCUGCAAUUGCAAUCAGCCUUAACGUACGGUUGAGAUCAUCCGAUAUGCCAAUUUGCAUGCAAGAGCAUGCCCUCCGUUGCAGUAGGCAGCUUCUUGAUUCUGCUCCCAAGACACGCCCUAACCUUACUCACUUGGCUCGAGCGAUCAAAAAGGAGUUCGACUCGGCGUACGGACCAGCAUGGCACUGUGUGAUUGGAACGAGUUUCGGAUCGUUUGUGACUCACUCGGCAGGUGGCUUCGUCUACUUUUCAAUUGACUCAUUGUCCAUUCUUCUCUUCAAAACAGAGGUUGAGUUAGUCACGGAAGAGAAAGAGGGCCAAAGGCUUUGAAUGCUGACUGCUGAGUUUGAAGCUUUGGCUGAUCUUUACCUUUGACAAUUUUCAAAGCAUAGAUGCUUGAGUAGAUAUGAGCUUAAUUACUCGUUGGCUAGUUCUAUUUUCCCAAAGAUAUUGCACUAAUUCAGCCUGUUCCAAAGUGGAUUAAGUGUUCUAAAUCUGUUUAAUGCAAGUUGUGUAAGUAAAGGAAUUGAAGCCGAUGGACGUUUGUUUUUCCAUUUGUCUUGUACCAAAGUUUCAAAGUCUGAUUAUCUGUGAGAAUCUGCCAGGUAAAAUUUUUACUCCCAGUGAAUAUUUUGGCACGAAAAU